AUGCUUACUCGGUUAAAUCAAGACACGCUUUUUCAAAUAUUUACCAAGAUUCAAGACGAGAAAUCAUUAUUUAGUUGUUUACUUGUUUGUCGUGAAUUCUGUCGAUGUGUUGUUCCAAUAUUAUGGCGGACACCAUUAGAUGGAAUUCCGAGUGCACGACUCUUUCAAACAUAUUUAUCUUGUCUACCGAAAGAAUCUUUACACUAUUUACGGAAUAACGGCAUUAGUAUUGAUUUGUCGAUUCCUCAGGCUUUUUUUGAUUAUAUUUCUUUUGCGAGAUAUAUCGAUACGUUAAAUCUUGAAAUAUCGGCGUUGAAAUGGUGCUCUCCUACGGUUUCCGAUGGUAUUGAUGCAUUUCGAAUAUGGAAACUAUGGAAUAUGCAUAGUGACGAGCAACAACAAAAAGCUCUUCUCAUGGUGCAUGAAUUAUAUAAAUGCUUUCUUGAUUUUAACCGAUGCAAAAAUCUACAUAGUCUAAAAGUAGAAAUUGGAUCCACCGGCAUAAAAAGAGUACAAGAACCACCAUUAUUCAAAGUGAAUUUCGACUUUCCUUCCGUAAACUAUGAUGAUAAUGCAUUGACACACCUUAGACGAGUUAUUCUGCGCGGUAAUUUUGAUAAGACAAGCGUUAUUCAAAGAUUAGCUAUGGAAUCUCGAGACAUCGAAUACCUUGCACUCGAUAGUUUAGAAAUGGAUGUGCCAGAAAGAGAAGCGGUAGAAUCGAUCAAGUUGAUUCAAAUGCAAAUAAAUUUAAUACAUCUCAGAAUUUCACAUCAUCAUUCUUCUUUUACAAGCAUUAUGGGAGCUUUGGUUUCUCAAAAACAUUCAUUAGCUAGUCUUGAACUGCACUGGGCCAACUUUGGGACAUUUAGUGAUACUGCAAUCGAAGGACUGGUUGAAUGUGUCAAUUUGAAAGCCUUAACAUUAAAAGGUUGUCAUAGUGGAGAUUCACAACUUUCAUUGAAACUUUCGACCGCAUUUUCUCGAUUGCAGUCUCUUCAUUUCGCUGAAUCAAAUACAAAUUUAGGAACUGACUUUAUCGCUAGUUGCAUCGCAACAGCAGGAAAGAAUUUACGUUACUUGAAAUUAGACAAAUCAAUGAACUUUCAAGGAACUGCUAGAACAACAAUUGCCCAAAAAUUAUCGCAAUUUUGUCCAAAUCUUGAGUUUUUAGAAAUUGCGGAGCUAGAUAAUAACGAUGUCGCUUCAAUUUUAUGUUCGUGCAAAAAGCUCGUUGACUUCAUUUUCACGCGCCUUGAUCCUUUUGAUGACCGUGCAUUUCUAGAACUUGGUCCAAAACUUUCACCAGGCCUGCAAUAUAUUAAAGUUGACCGAGUUUUACGUGAUCAGAGCCUAGAUUACUUUUUAUUUACAAGUUUCCUUAAUACAGUUGGACCGAAUUUUAAAUGCUUUGAUUGGGUACAUGACCGUCAGACAAAAUUAUACCCACGAGAUAUUCAUCUAAUGCCGAAAAGCAUUAAUCAGGGCAUGGUCGGGGAAAUGUUCGAGAAGAAUAAAGAAAAAUCAAUCGAUGAGAUCGUCGAAUCUGAAUUUUUUGGAUUUCUUUCGUUGUAUCCGACUAAUAGAUCGCAUGGUAUGAACAUGAUUUCUCCGAAUGAUUUCACUUAG